GAGUGAAGUCAACACAACAGCAAGAGAAUCAACGCUGCAAUAAUCCUCUAUCUCUCUAUGAAUUCCUUGGCUAUGAUUCUCUCUCUCUAAUAAUCCCAUCUAUGGUGAUGGCCUUCCUUCACAGGAAACUGCUGGAUGAAUGGUUUUGCCAAACCUUUUGUGUUGACCCUGAGAAUAUCAACGCCUGCCAGGAUAGCUGCAAACAAUCACCCCUUCAAUCCCCACCUCCGCCUCCGCCGCCGCCCCUCAUCGCUCCACACAAACCCCCGCUCUCCCCCGCCCUCACCGCCUCCCUCGUCGUCCUCUCCACCGCCUUCUUCCUCUUCACCUGCUACACCAUCUACAAAUUCUACACCGCCUACACCAACUCUCCGCCGCGGCGGCGGCAGAGCGAUCCCGAAGAAGACGGCGGCGGCGGCGGAGAUUUUGUCGAUGAAGAAGACGUGGUUGACCACCCCAUCUGGUACAUCCGCACGAUCGGGCUGCAGCAGUCGGUGAUCAACGCGAUCACGAUCGUGAAAUACAAGAGAGCCGACGGCCUCGUGGAGGGAACCGACUGCGCCGUCUGUCUCAGCGAGUUUCAGGAGGAUGAGACGCUCCGAUUGCUCCCAAAGUGCAGCCACGCCUUCCACAUCCCCUGCAUCGACACGUGGCUCGCCUCCCACACCAAUUGCCCCAUGUGUCGGGCCGGAAUCGUCUCCAGCCACGACCCGAUCGCUCAUCAAUCAGGCCGGGCCGAGGAAGCGCUAGAUGUUUCAAACGAAAUCGAGGGCGAUGGGGCGGCCCGGUCUCAAAUUGGGAUCGAAUUGGGGGAAACCGUUGAAGAAGGGGCGUGCAAAAUUGAGUUGGGCGGGGCGCAGCCGGUUAGAAGGUCGGUGUCGAUGGACUCUUUGUCGGCGUCGAUGAUCAGCGCCGCUGUUGCUAACGCAUUUCCGCGGCAGUGUGAUAAGAAUUUAAAAGCGAAGGCUGGAGAAGUGGGGAUCCGGACGGGAUCGUCGUCGUCGGUGAAGAGGUCGGCUUCGUGUAAUGCCAAAGUGUUUCUGUCGAGGUACAGCAGUAGCCGGAGAUGGGAAGUUUUGAGAAGAGAGAGAGGUGUAGUUGAAGAGUAGGCCUCUCUUUACAAAUGUAAGUACUCCACUCUUGGCAAAAAUAAUUCUCUCCUCAUCCCUCCUACUUUUUUCACCAUCAAUUUAACGCACUAUUCUUAAACUCCGUGCCGAAAAAAAUAUCUCUGUUAAGAACGAAGGGAGUAAAAGUUUUGGAUUUUAUUUUGUCAUUUAAAAUGGAUUACAUCGUUUGUUUAUAUCGUCUUAAUGCUCUGUUUAUUUAGAUUCUGAUUGAGAUUUUUACAUUUGAUAUACCAAGAUUGAAAAUGUCGUGGCUAUGAUACGUUUUGACUAGGUUUAUCUUAAUUUUAUUUUGCGUUUGGUAGUGAAUAAAAUUGUGAGUUAUCCUA